AUGUUCGCUGUUCCGGUGGUCUUGCAGGAGCUUCAAGACUUUUUGCGGGCCGGUGCUCGCACCGGUCAGCGCGAGAAAGCUGCCAAGAGGAUCAACCUGACCUUGAAUGGGCUGGCUCGACAGCUGGGGCUGAAUGGAUCGGUUCACAUGUUUGGUUCAUUUUCGAACGGCUUCAAAACCGGGACCUCGGACCUGGACGUUGUCUUUGUGGGAGCUGUGGAUGAGAGUGCCAUCUCCAUCCUGCAGAAAUUUUCUGACCGUUUGGAUGGCCUCGGCUUUGAUAACAUUACAAAGAUCUUUCAGGCAAAUGUCCCCCUUCUCAAGCUGACUGACCGCAAGGACAACAUGGAGGUGGAUUUUUGCAUCAACAACGAGCUGGGGGUCAGGAAUUCCCUUCUGCUCAACACGUACUGCAAGUACGACCACCGUGUCCUCCAGCUCGGCCGCUUGGUAAAGGAGUGGGCAAAGAAGCAUGAGCUCGUCGGGACUGCAGACGGCUGCUUGAACAGCUAUGCGUACAUGCUCUUGGUGGUUUUCUUCCUCCAGCAGGUACAGCCGCCGGUUGUGCAGAAUCUCCAGGCCAUGGACUGCGAGUCGGUUCCGGUGUCAGACCGCAAGUGGGGCGGCGAAGACAUCUGGGAGACUAAAUUUUUGGUCGACGUUGAUUCAAUCCCGAAGUCGCAGAAUCAGAUGUCGAUUGGUGAGCUACUUGUAGGCUUCUUCCGAUUCUACACGCGCGAGUUCAACUGGCGGCAGCAUGCUGUCUGCAUGCGCCUGCAGAAACCUGGACAGAACGUCGACAAGUACUCAUUGUCGCUCCCGACGAACGAAGAGCAGUGGUAUCUGGAAGAUCCCUUCGAUCUCAAACACAACCUUGCAGGAAAAUGCAGCCGAGCUGGCAAGAAGCGGAUAGCCGACGAGAUGCACAACGCCUUGAAUGUGCUGACGUCAACUGGCCGAUGGGCGAAGUGUUUGCCGCCCAACCAGAGUCCGGAAUACUUUAUGAAAUGCCGCAUUAGUCAGAACGUCACGCCACAAGCCUUGCUUGAAGAGUUCGAGCAGUGUGAUUUGGUGAAGCUGCACUUCCCAAAGUCUGAUGGCACGGUCCGAAUGCCACAAGCUUAUUUGCAGUUCGGGGAUUCAGCCAGCCGCCGAAAAGCCCAUGCGAAGAACGAGAAGUACAUUCUCGAUUGCCAGCUACAGCUGCACUACAGCUUCCUGGCCUUGCAGCCUUGCAGAGAGACAGCGAGACAGAGAAAGAGAGACAGAGGAUGGGGGGGGCGCCAGGAGCGCGGGUCGUGGGGACUGCCCCUGACUCUUACCCUGAGCAGAGAGAGAGAGAGAGAGAGAGAGAGAUGUUCUUAG